AUGAUUUCUGCAAAAUUGUGCUCAACUGUUCUAGGCCAGGAGAAGACAGCAGUCCUCGAUUCACUCAAGCUUAGAGCAAAACUUGUCAAAGAAGCUUACGGAAGUAUAGAGGGGGUGAUGUGCAAUGAAGUACAAGGGGCAAUGUAUGCAUUCCCGCAGCUCGUACUACCACCAAAAGCUGUUGAAAAAGCGAGAGUAAGUCCUAUUUUUUUCUCUCAAGAAAGCUACCAUAAAAGCUUUAUUUUUUAAAA